AACCAUACUAUAAAUACCAUCAUUCUCGACCCACAUUUGAUUCUAGGGUUUUCAAGCAGCAGUCAGUCAUCACUCAACCGGAGCGGCAGCAAGUAACGGCCAUCACAUCUCCGUCACCAUGGGUCGAAUGCACAGCAAAGGAAAAGGUAUUUCUGCAUCAGCCAAGCCAUACAAGAGGACUCCUCCAAGCUGGUUGAAGAUCUCCGCUCAGGAUGUUCAGGACAGCAUCUGUAAGUUUGCAAAGAAGGGUCUAACACCAUCACAAAUUGGUGUUAUUCUUCGUGAUUCUCACGGUAUUGCUCAGGUGAACAGUGUGACUGGAAGCAAAAUUCUCAGAAUUCUCAAAGCACAUGGGCUUGCUCCUGAGAUUCCUGAGGAUUUAUACCACCUGAUCAAGAAGGCAGUUGCGAUCAGGAAGCAUUUGGAGAGGAACCGUAAGGACAAAGAUUCCAAGUUCAGGUUGAUUCUUGUUGAGAGCAGGAUUCAUCGUCUUGCCCGUUACUACAAGAAGACCAAGAAGCUUCCCCCUGUCUGGAAAUACGAAUCAACCACUGCUAGCACCUUGGUGGCUUAGAGAAGUGUUAUCCGGAGGAAGGGGUUCGAUUUUUGAGUUUUAUGUUAUGUUUUUUAGUUGAAAAAUUGUUCUUUGUUUGGAACAUGGAAAGAUUGUGUUGUUUGAAGAACUUGUUAGAAAUGUAGCAUCAAUUUAUGCACUUUUCAUACCUUAUGUCUAUUGGGAGUUAUUAAGUUCUAUCU